AUGUGGCUGCGCUGCUCACCUCGUCUCUUCUUUCACAUACCUCCUCUCUCACCCGCAGCUCCGGCGCGUCGUGUCGCGCCAAGGACUCCACCGAGCCAUGGCCGCUCACGCGGUAGCGAGACCGCUAGUGCUGGUGCCGCUACUUCGAGCUCUCGCCCGCCUUACACUUUCGACGGCAGGUCUCCAGAUGAUGGUACGCGACGCUACCGCCACCAUUGCCGCCCAUCAUAUCGAACCCUCAGGCCAGGCGACCCGCUUCCGCCGCUCCUAACAAACGAGGGCGACUGUGCGUCUUCUGAUGGCUACACUUCUCAGCGUCAGGCGUACCGACAGCGCCGCAACGCGGCCGACAACGCAAGAGGCUCUCCGGUGGAUGACACAGUCGCCGGCUCGCUUUUUACACCGCUGCCUCGCCCCUAUGGUUUCUAUGACGGCAUUGACGAGCACGCUCGACAGGUACCACGCCCGUCGCGCGAGGCCCGGCUGCAGCAGCUGCGCGAGUCGCUGGAAGAGCACGCUGCCUCCGCUGUCGAGUUCACGGAGGGCGGCGAGGACGACAUCGAGCUAAAUGGCUUGCCAGCCGAUCAGUAUCAUGGCCACGCAGGGUGGACAACAAUCCCGAAGGACUCAGCACUCUACAAUACCAUGUAUGGCGUAGGCGAUUUGGAGUCUCGUCAGCGCACAAACUCGUGGAGCGUAGCAAUGCGUCACGGCAGGGUGGGGGGCGGCGGUGGCAACGUGAGCAAUCUGUUGGGUGACUCGGCAGCUGCAUCUGCACAGCGUCCCAUCGCACACCAAGACGAGGACAAGCAAGGCAAUCAAGAGGUUCUCGACGACCGCCGACGCCGUCGGCAGCACGAUGAUGGGCUUUUGUCCGUAUCUCUGGAGGGAGAGCUGCUGGCUCCAAUGCAGGAGAGCGUGGGGCAGCCGAGGAGCACAUACGCGAUGCGGAAGCUAUUUGUGGACGGUCUCGUGGGAUAUCAAGGUGUGAUAACCAGGGCGGAGGAGGUCACGAUGAGCGAGGAGCUGUUGCACCUUCUGCAAGAUCGUCGAGCCGCUUACGUCGCCGAAGAGGCGCGCUACUGCGUCAACCUUUAUGAAAAAGAGCUUGGCAUCCCUGGGAAAGACACCCUCGCGUUUGCGCUCUCGAGCUGCCAAACACUGCAGCGGGUACUGUACCGCUUCUUCUUCUUGGGUCUGAUCCCUUCCGUGCCCAACGUGUGCCAGGUCAGCGAGAUGGUGGGCACCUUCAGCGGCUAUCCUGUGCACCGUCACCCAUCGUCGAUCGGGUCCUACGUAGGGGUGCUGAACCUGGUCUCCACGAGCGUGCUACACCUUCAGCACAAGGACGCGCCAUGGUACCCUCGCCUGCAUCUCACGCCACGCAGCCUCUUCGUGGUAACCGAGCCGUGUCUGAGUGAGUAUGCGAUGGGGUACAAACAAACGCAUCAGCCCUUCCACGCAUUCGAGUACGCGACGCGCGUCUCCAAGGACUACCGAAUAGAGGUGCUCUUCGCCACCGUCGAGACAGCGCAGACAAAGACACUCUCCGAGGCAGUGCAGCUGACCGAGUACGCGGAGCAGAAGGCGCGAGAAGGGACGGUGAAGUUGUUGCCCGGGACGUUGCAACCCCUUGCAGAGGCACCCAUGCCCACCAUGGCGACACAGACCGAGUCGGCUACAUCUGUUCCUCUCCGCGGGCGUACUGACGAGUGGCUGCAACGACUGCGUGACAACCUGCACGCAUCCGAGGAAGCGAGAGGUGAUGAGCACACGAAGCCGCUGGAUGGGCACGCGCUGCGACGCCAGCUGCUUGCGGAACACUUGGUAGGUGAUCGAUCUCGUUUGCAGAGCAGUCCUGAUGGCAUGGGCUGGAGUAAUGGGCCUGGCGUUGACGAUGGCGGCAGCGCAACGGCGGCAGCUGUGCAGGGGGAGGCCAGACAUCGUGGAAAAGAUGCCUCGUUCUCGGCAACGACGGCCUCCGCAGCACAAAGGCGUCUGGCGGCGCUGAAGGCCCGCUACAACGUUGCCCAGCAGCUGAAGGCGUCACGGAAACGGGCAGAGGCAGCAGACGAGGGGCCGCGACUUAUUCGAGGUCACGCACCACGAGACCGGCGACUGGGCAUUAAGUAA